ACAUGCUCAUAUUAAACAAAAAGUGUUUUCCAUUUAAAUAGUCUUCUCCUUCUUGCUCACGGAUUGUCUGCUGCCCGCUAGCGAGUUGGGUGUUGGGUGCACGCUUCCAUCUCUAGUUUCAAUGCUUACACGGGCUACAUGGAAAUUGAAGUUAUUUAGUAUUUACAAAUCUAAAGAAACAGAAAGUAAGUAGAGUGGCAGCAGCACCAGAAGCAGUAACAGUGACAGCAGGGAACUUGGCGAGACAUUAAACAUUUACUAAGAGGAAAACACACACACACGUACACACAAUAUUAUGUCAGGCAGCAUCAACAAUUAUACAAACCAAAUGCAUGCGGCAGCAAAUCGUGCUUACGGCGAACAGAUCCAUCCACAAGCAGAGUCAUACCAGCAGAUGAUGGACAGGAUGCCGCAGCUCAUAGGCGAUCCCGGCAUCCAGCUGGUUAACAGAUAUCAUUAUAGUUUGGAGGAUCGCGACAAGGCCAUUGUCGACAACAUAAAUGCGGAUCAGCAUGCCGUAUCGCAUAUAAAAUACUUGAAUUCUGAUCGAGAUCUUUCGAUAGAGAAACAGUCCAAGGCGCUGGACAAAUACUUAGAUAGCCAGGACGAGGAGGCGUCGCUGCGCAAAUAUUUAGUCUUUGGCGUCCAAUGGGUCUCACUGGUCACUGAGAAUCUAUUGAGCCAUCCAUUUAUUGUUCUGCGCCGCCAGUGUCAAGUUUAUAAUGCAUCGAAGCGCUAUCACUUGCAUCCGUUUCAACUGAUGCCGAGCAUUAUGCAUCUGCACCGGCGCCAAGGUGUCACCACCCUGUGGAAGGGCCUGGGCAGUUGUUUGCUCGUGCGCGGCAUGACUCUGGCCAUAGAUGAUGUAAUUAGCAAGUUCACCAGCUGGCCAAAGGAUGUGGAUAGCCGGACGACACUCAAGCGUUUCGGACAGCACCUACUGCUGAAGAGCAUUAGCAUUGGCCUGGUUGUGCCCUUCUAUGCCGCCUCCUUGGUGGAGACUGUUCAAAGUGAUAUCGCCAGCGAGAAGCCUGGCCUGCUCGAUGUUUUUCGCGAGGGCAGCUUGCGCCUCUUCUACUGGAGCUCGCCGCAAAAGGGACGCAUGCUGCCCGCCUGGGCCUUGAUUGGACCCAGCGUUACAAUGGGCAUUACCAAAUAUCUAUUUGGCCUGGUUAUACGCGGCGUUUCGUCGCGUAUCAUGCGGCGACGCCUGACGAUGAAGCAGGAGCAGCGCGGUGCCAAGCAUCGCGACGAUACGCUGGAGCAUCAAAACGCCGAGAUCUAUGCCAACUUGAUAUCGAUGCUCACCACCGAGAUGCUGUUCUUUCCCUUCGAAACGAUCCUGCACCGCUUGCAGCUGCAGGGCACACGCACCAUCAUCGAUAAUCUGGAUAACGGCUAUGCUGUGGUGCCCAUUCUGACGAACUACCAGGGCGCCAUCGAUUGCUACCGCACCACGAUUCUAACCGAGGGUGUGGCUGGACUCUACAAGGGCUUCGGUGCUGUCGUUCUCCAGUUCGCUGCGCACGUGGCCGUCAUCAAGCUGACCAAGUGGGUCGUCUGCAAGAUCACGGAAUGCAUAUCGAACCGCCCGCCCGCUCGCAUUGUACAGUAUUACAAUUUGGAUCGGGCGUCCGCAGUGCUGGUCGGCGGCAACAAUUCAAAUAAUUCAACAACCAUAUCGCCAAGCAUCUCAAGCACCGAACUGGAUGUUCAUAGCGUAGGGCAGAACUCGCUCGAUUGAUUAGCUUUAGCUUUUGGUUACGUGUUCUACAGACACACACACACCCAUAUAUAUACAUAUAUAU